AUGAAAACAGCUGUUAAUUCAUUAUAAGUUUCUAGAUCAUAACCUCCAACUCUAAUGCCAGUUAUAACUACACCAGUGAUAGUCGAAAGAGGUAGACAGAAAAUGAAUAAAUUUUAGGAUCAAAUUUGUAACAUUCCUAAAUUUUCACUAAAGACUCUCCUUAAUAAUUAAGAAAUGAAUAAUAAUAGUUAAUAGAAUUGGAAACAAGAAUCUAACAUCUUGAAUAGGAUUCCUCUCCAAAACUCAAACAUAACAAUUUAAUUGAAGAAAACAAAAAAUUAAAGGAAUAAGUUAGACGAUAAACUGAAUCUGCUGAUAAAGUUAAAGGAGAACUAACUAUUGCUAAAAACGAAAUCUCAAAGUACUCAUUUUUCAUUAGUUUUAGACUUAAAAAGGUUUUAGAAAUAUAAGAAGAAGCCUUAACGGAUAUAAGAAUUAAAAAUCAUAGUAGAAAUUUAUCACAUUCUGAAAAAAUGAAAAAUGAUAAACUAAUUUUAUAAAAAGAAAUUAUGGAGUAGCAACAUUUAAAAGAAAAACUAUAAUUGCAAAACUAGAUAAUAUAACUUCAAUUAAUUUUGGAAUAGUAAACAACUCAUUGCUAAAAUAUACCUUUACUUUAAAUAAAACAACAAUCAACAAUUAGUCAAAUUGGAUAAUCCUAUAAUUUGAUUUCCAAAUCAUAAACAAGUUAACAAACAUCGAAAAGUAUAACUUUAUAGGAGAAUGAAUAAAAAUAAUCUUCUUUGAAUAAAAUUUCUUUAGUUUACUCUUAAGAUGGAGAUUCUAACUAAAUUUAUUAUAGGCCUAAUAUCAAAGAUAAAUUAUUCUAAGUUCCAUCUAAAGGUUUGACAAAAGAAAAUAGUUCUCCCCAUUAUAAUAAUUACAGCCAACCAUAAUUAAAAUUUGCUUUAUCUGAUGAUAUUGCUAACGAAAAAUAAGAGGACAAUAAUAUAAAAUCGAAUUUUAAAACUAAAAAAUUCUAUGAGAUGUAAUCGAAAUUGACUGCAAAUGAUCAACAGAAAGAAAGAAAUUAAAUUCACAGAAAUUCUUUGUCUAAAAUAACUUAAUAAAUAGGUUUAGAUGAAACAACUUAAAAAAAUUAAAAAAUUGAUAAGAUUUUUGUCUAAUCUCCAAAAUAUUAAUCUUCUAAUUUCUCUAAUAAUUAAUACAUAUAAGAAUUGUAAGAACUUAAAAAAGAAAUUAAUCUUUAAAAAGAAGAAAUUUAAUAAUAAAUUAAUAAAACAAUAAUGCUAGAAUAAGAGAAGCUUAAUAUUAUUGAAAAAAAUGAAUAACUUUUAUUUCAAUUUCAAAAGUAAGUUGAAGAGAUUAAAAUAUGUGAAUCAAUCAAAGAAAAUAAUCAAUUUGAAAUUGCAAGAUUUGAAAAUAAACUUGAAUCCCAAAAAUUGUAUUAUGAAUCUUAGAUUUAAGAUUAUUAAACCAAAUUUAAAAUUCUUUAAGAUUAAUUAGAAGAAAAAAAAUUAAUAACAGAAUAAUUAAUAUAAGAAAAAUAAAAUUUUUAUACUUUAGUGGAUAAAUAAAAUGAAAUAUAGCAAAUUGAAGAAAAACAAAUAGAAAUUCUAAAUCUUACUUAAAAAGCUCUCAAUUAUAAAAAAAAAAAUGAUUUAUAUGAAAUAGAAAUUAAUUAAUUGAAAUAAAAAGAGUAAAAUUCAAGUUUAGAAAUUGAAAAAAUUAAGAUUUAAUUUCAAGAUACAUAAAAAAUUUUACAAGAAACAAAAGAUUAAUUGUAAAUAAUUUAAUCUUAGUAUAAAUAGGAACUUAUUUUAAGAGAAAAAUUAGAACUAAAUUAUGCUAUUUUAUCGAAAGAAUUUAGUCUAUAUAAAGAAAACUCUUUUCUAUUAAUAGAUGAUUUUAAAACAUAACUAAAAUAAUAUUAGAAUAAAGAUAUAGAAAUUAUAUAAUAAGAAAAUAAAAAUCCAUCCAAUUAAGAUAGGCUUGAGUAAGAUGUCAUUCAGUCGUUAAUAUAAUCAAAAAUUAUUAUAAAACAAAAAAAUGAGAACAUGUAAUUAUAAUAAACAAAAUAAUAUUUGGAGGAAGAAAUUAUGGACUUUAAAAAUUCGCUUACAAAUUAAGCUUAAUUAAUACAUUAAACAAAAUAAAUUUAGUAAUAAAAAUUCCAUAUUACUGGGUCCUUGAAGUUAGAUUUAUCUAAAAUUUAAUUAGAUGAAGAACUAGUUGAAUCUAAUUAUUAAUAGUAAUAAGAAAUAGACCAAAUUAUACUUGAAAAUGAUUCUGUUCCAAAUAUUUAUGAUUAAGUUUAAACAGAUAGAAAUUAAAUUAAUAAGACAUUAUAAUAAAAAGAUUAGGAAUUGAGCAUCUAAAAAUAAUAGAUUGAAAAAUUAAUUAUAAUACAUUCUGAAUAAAAAAAUUAGAUUAGUAACUUGAAGUCUGAAUUAUAAUCCUUAGAGAUAAUUACUAAAGAAAUGAAAGAAUAGAUUAAAAAAUAAGAAACAGAUAAUUAAUUUCAUCAAAAGGAAACAAUUUAAUAAAUGCAAGUUGAGUUGCAUGAUUAUGACAAAAGAGGAAUUACUAAAAAUUCUUCUUGCUUAAUCAAUCAAAAGAUAAAAUAAAGAGAUUUAGAAAUUAGAAUUUUAAAUAAAUCUACUCAAGAAAUAUAAUAACCAACAAAAAAUGAAGUCGUGUCUCUCUAAAAAAAAUUACAAUAAUAAAGUGAAUUUAUUAAAAAAUAAAACUAAGAAUUAGAUAAAAUUAGUUUAUUGUAUUAAAAUUAUUAGAUCGAAGUUCAGUCAAAUAACUUGUAAAUAGAAUUAUAAAAAUCUGAGUAUGAAUAAAUGAAAAGACAUUUUCAUACCAUUAUAUCUUAAUAAAAAAUUGUCUUAGAAUAAAAGGAUAAAGAAAUUCUUAAAAUAAAACAACAAUUGUCUAAUUAUGAAAUCAAUAAAUUUGACAAUGAUAAAUUAAAUUAAAUAUUAAUUAAAAGCUCAGAAAAAUAGGAAAUAAAAAAAAAUGAAUUUAUUUAAGAUUCAAUGUAACAAACCAAUAACGAAUUAAAAUAAUAGCUUGAAAAAGUUUAAGGUGAAAAUGCUGGCUUAUAGAAUGUAAUCAAUGGACUUUAAAAAGAAAAUGCAUCUUUAAGAGACAAUAAUUAAAAAUUAAUAAAAAAAUUCGAAGAAAAUUAUCAACUAAGGGAAUAUUCAGGAUAAUUGUUUUAAGAUAAUAUACACUUAAGACCAAAUAUUAAUCUAAUUAGUUAAUAAAAUGAAAAUUUCCAACCUGAUUAUCCAAAACCUGGAUUUAUAUCAUCUAAAAAUAAAAAAUUUGAUGAAAUUGAAAUAGAAAAUUGUGCAUAAUAAAAAGAAAUAUCUAGUCUAAGAUUAAUCAUAAGAGAUUUAUAAAAUAAUUAAAAUUAUAACAUAAAUCAAAAUCUAGAGAGAAAUAUUUCAAAUCAUGGCUAAAAAUUAUCAUAAAAGAAACAUCUUUUUGAUCAAAAUAGUAUAAAAAGUAAAAACAAUUGA